UUGGGUUGCUAUAAUAUUGGCACUUGAAAGUAACGAUUAACCAAAGGAUCAACAUGCCACACUAAAAAAACGGUGAUGAGGAUCAUCAUAAAUAAGUCUGCAGAAAAACUUAAAACAUUCAAUGUACACAACUCAUUGGACUAAGAUUCAGGAGGAGAGACGGAUCACUGUUGCCGGAAAAAGAAAGUAGAAGACACAAAAGUCACAACGAUGGCGGCGAAUGAGUUUUUCUGGUCGUAUUCAGAUGAACCACACGCUUCUCGCCGCCGUCAGAUCCUCGCCCGAUACCCCCAAAUCAGACAACUCUUUGGUCCUGAUCCAUGGGCUCUCCUCAAGGUAAUUCUUGUUGUUUCGCUUCAACUAUGCACCGCCAUAUACCUCCACGACGUUGGGUGGACGAAGAUACUCACGGUGGCCUACUUUUUUGGAUCUUUUCUCAACCACAAUCUUUUCUUAGCCAUUCAUGAACUAAGUCACAAUCUUGCUUUCUCUAAUCCGAUCUAUAACCGUUUCCUUGGGAUCUUCGCUAACCUCCCUAUUGGGGUACCAAUGUCAGUCACUUUCCAAAAAUACCACCUUGAACACCACCGUUACCAAGGUGUUGACGGGGUUGACACAGACAUCCCUACCCUAAUAGAAGCACGCUUGGUAAAAAACAUCGUCACUAAAUGCAUAUGGGUACUCUUACAACUAUUCUUUUACGCCCUUAGACCAUUACUAGUCAACCCUAAACGCCCUGGAAAAUGGGAAUUCUUGAAUGUUAUCAUCCAAAUCGGCCUUGAUGCUUGUAUGAUUUGCUUCUCGGGGUGGAGAUCUUUCAGUUACAUGAUCCUUUCAACGUUUGUUGGAGGUGGAAUGCACCCGAUGGCGGGGCAUUUCAUCUCCGAGCACUACGUAUUCGACAAGAAAGAAGGCCAGGAGACGUAUUCGUAUUAUGGUCCGUUAAAUAUAAUGUCAUGGCACGUAGGGUACCAUAACGAGCACCAUGAUUUUCCAAGAAUACCAGGUUGUAGGCUUCAUAAAGUAAGGGAAAUCGCACCCGAAUACUACGACAACUUAGAUUCUUAUAGGUCUUGGAGCCAUGUGAUAUACUCUUACAUAGCAGAUAAUUCUUUGGGACCAUUUAGCAGGAUAAAGAGAAACCUCUCCACAAAGAACAAGUAGGAAAAUUGCAUUCUUUUUAGUGUUUUCCUUACAUUUUUUUAGUGAUGAAGGUUACAUUUCCGAUGUGAUCAUUUCAAGCAUUGGUUUGUGAUAUUUAAUAUGAAAAGUUUAAGAAA